CCCAGCCCGGGUACCGCCGCGGCUCCAGCCCCAGGUCGAGGCCCAGCUCUGUGCGCAGGAAGCCCAAGGCGACCGAGAGCAUCUCCCGCAGCCGGGCUGAGCCCUCCUCGGCCUGCUGGGCCAGCUCCUCUUGCCAGGGCAGUUUUCAUUGGAAGUCAGCGUGCAGCGAGGCCUCAGAAGCAGAGCAGCCCUUGAGGGGUGAACAGUGAUCUAGGAGUGGGAAGUUUUGGCGGGACUUUCCCAGCCCGGCUGACACUAUGUUACAGCUGCACCUGUGCACCAACCCCGAGGUUACAGCUGCCAGUUUCCUCAGGGAGCUGUGCUAUACAGUUAACCCACAGCUGCCCAGUUUCACCCCCAAAGUGGUCUCCUCUCGCACCUUGAUCUCAACAUGUGGCUUCCAAGGCCAUCAUGGCAGAGGAAGAGAGCUGCGGGGAGCCUUGCCCCGGAAGUGCCAUUUCUCCUCCCAGACUAUUGGCCAGAACAUGUCACAUGACUGCCUGAUUCAAGAGAUUGGACUCAAUGAUCUCAUUCUUGCCAGGCAAGCACUGUGCUGCUGAGCUAUAUCCCUGUCUGAUGCGCUGUACCCCCCGUGUCCCGACAAGGCGUGCGUGUGUGUUUACCUUGCCCGGAGUUCAGAGUGCCCUAGACACUCACGACAAGUGGCGCCCGAAUUCAGGGACUCCGAAGGUCGCUUAGGAAGGUAAGUAUAAUUUUAUUACGGGGAAAUGGGACAAUCUGCUUCCUCUCCUUUCUUAAAAAUUCUUAAACAUUUAUUAUCUAUAUAUGGCAUAUCGCUCAGGUCAGCUGACUUGGAUAUGUGUAUUGAUACAAUUAAAGAAUAUAAUCCUUGGUUUCCAGAUGAAGGAACUUUGGAUGUAGAAGUAUGGAGGAAGGCAAGGGUUAGUAUAGAAAGGGCUAUGCAACAGGAGGAGAAGAUUCCUUUACGUUUUUGGGCUAUUUGGUCGGUUGUGUACUCUUUAUUAAAAGCUAUGGAAGAUGAACAUAUUGUAGAAAAUCUUCAACUAGAAAUUAAGCCAGUUAUUCAGGAAUUGCCCCUCACAGAGGAGGAGCAGAAUGUAGUUCAAAAUGACGCUAUCGCUUUAAGUAGUGAAAAGGCGUCCAAACUAAAAGUAAAAUCCACUACAGCCGACUCAGCUUUAGCUGCCGCAACAAUAUCAAAUUAUGACAAUCGCCCAAUUUUACAGGCUAUACAACAUUUAACACAAGAGGUGAAACAACUCUCCGUUAAGCAAAACCCGCCUAUAGUUCCCUCUACACCUCCUCCAUCUAACCCUAAUUGGAGUAAAGCCAAGCUAGCUUUGGCUGAUCUACCAAAAUUAGGGGAUUCUGAUGAGGAAAAGCCUGCCUUUGCUUUCCCUGUAAUCAGGCCUCAGCCAAUAGACGGAGAGGCAGUUCCCCCUAGAUGGGAAGCAUUUAAUAUGGAUGAUUUAGCAAAAUUAAAAAAGGCUGUAACCCUUUAUGGCCCUCAGGCUCAUUACACUAGAGAAUUAAUAACAUCGGUAGCAGAUCACUAUGGUAAUCUUGCUCCUUAUGAUUGGAAAGCCUUGGCCAAAAUUCUUUUAAAGGAGCCAAAAUAUUUACAGUGGCACAUGUGGUUUAUGGAAGGUUGUGCGGAAAAGGCAAGACAAAAAUUCUGAUAUAGUGAUAGAAAUGUUUUAGAAGAUAUUUUAAAAACUUUACCUCAAUAUUUUUCUCCGUUUGGACUUGUAAUAGCACAGGAUAAAAUUCAAAAGGAAGAAGUUAGUCAUUAUUUGGGAUAUAUUCUUACUAGACAAAAGGUGAUUCCACAAAAAAUGUCUAUUAGGAGAGAUAAGUUAUCCACUUUAAAUGAUUUUCAAAAAUUAUUAGGGGAUAUUAAUUGGCUUCGUCCCACACUAGGUAUUCCUACCCAUGCAUUACAGCAUUUGUUUGCUACUCUACAGGGCUCUUCAGAUCCAUCCAGCCCUCGUUCUUUAACAGCAAAAGCAGAGCAAGAAUUACAGUUUGUAGAACAACGAAUUAAGGAUGCAUUUUUAAUUAGGAUUGAUCCUAAAUUGCCUCUAACUUUAUAUAUUAUUAAUACUUUUCAAUAUCCCUCUGCAGUUUUAGGUCAAAAUGCUAUGCCAGUAGAAUGGGUAUUCACUAAAACUAAGCAAUCUAAAAAUGUUAUGCCUUAUAUUGACAUGGUUGCAGCUUUAAUUAUGAAUGGUAGAGCUCGUUCUAUAACUUUAAUAGGAGAAGAUAUAAACAAUAUAGUUAUCCCUUUAACUAAGGAACAAUGGGAAUAUUUGUUGUCAAUUACUGAAACCUUACAAAUUGCUUUAGCAGAUUUCAUGGGAACUUUUUCAUAUCAUUUUCCUAAAAGUAAAUUAUGGGAUUUUUUUAGACGUCAACAAUUUGUGGUUAAUACCUUAUUAGCUGUACAGCCAAUUCCACAAGCUUUGACUAUAUUUACAGAUGGAUCUAAAAAUAAAGCUGCAUAUUGGACUCAAAAAUCUUACUGGGUACGUCAGACAAAUUUUAACUCUGUACAACAAAAUGAACUUUUUGCUAUAUUACAAGUGUUUUUAGAUUUUCAUAACCAACCUAUUAAUAUUAUAGCCGAUUCGGCCUAUUCUGUUGGAGUAGUGACAAAUAUCUAUUCAGCUGUGUUAUAUUCUAAUAAGCCUGCUUUAUUGUCUUUAUUUCAAAAUUUACAAAUACAUGUUCAAAAAAGAAAUCAUUCUUAUUUUAUUACUCAUUUACGUUCUCAUUCUCAGUUACCCGGACCAUUAGUAUCAGGUAACAAUGCAGUGGAUUCCUUAGUUAUGUUCACCACACCCGUUGAAGAACAUCAAUUUAAUCAUGCAAAUGCAGGACAUUUGCAUCUUAAAUAUAAGAUACCUUUUACAAAAGCUAAACAGAUUGUAAAAGCCUGCCCUAUUUGUAGACCAUUACAUUUAAAAAUUAUUCCCGCAGGUGUCAACCCUCGAGGAACUCAACCUAAUGAGUUAUGGCAAAUGAAUAUUACACAUGUACCUUCUUUUGGUCGGCUUUCUUAUGUACAUGUAGUUAUUGAUACCUAUUCUUCAUUUCUAUGGGCUACUGCUCAACAGGGAGAAUCCACUAAAAAUGUUAUUGUACAUUUAUUGGAGACUUUUGCAGUUAUGGGAAUUCCUUCUAAAAUCAAAACAGAUAAUGGACCUGCUUAUACUAGCAGAACAUUUAAACAAUUUUGUGAUCUCCAUAAUAUUAUUCAUAUUACAGGGAUUGAAUAUAACCCCCAGGGUCAAGCUAUUGUUGAAAGAGCACAUGGCACUCUUAAGUUGCAAAUUAAAAAAUUAAAAAGGAGGAGUCAGGAGGAUAUUCAGAUACCAAUACUGUUUAAAUUGCAAAACAGUCCAAAAACAUUACUGCAUCAAGCAUUGUUUAUUUUAAAUUUUCUCAAUUUACCACAAGGUGAAAUAUUAACUAGAGCUGAAAAACAUUUUAAACAGCAACAACAGCCCUUUGUAAUUAAUGAACCUAUUUGGACUAAAACAGCUCCAGAGGCUGAAUGAGAGAGGGGCACAUUGCUCUAUAAGGGGAGAGGUUUUGGUUAUAUCUCCACAGAAAAUGAAAUUCAACAGUGGGUCCCUGGACGAUGGAUCAGGACCCGCGUCUCCAGAUCCUGUUCACCAGCCCCGGAGACAACUCCCCAAGGAACCGGAACCGUGCCUUCAGAAGCGAGCGCAAAACCAGCUAGAAGCUGAGGAUGCUGAGUUUGUUCCUAUCGCAGCCAUGGCCAGAUUACAGCUAAGAAAAUCCCGCCGCUCACAGCGACCAAAUUUAAAUCCCCUCCCUACAUGGGGACAAUUAAAGAAAUUGACCAUAGAAGGGCAACGGCUUGUCCUUCAAGCAGGAAAGCCUUUAAACCCCAAAAACUUGUUUUUAGCUUUAUAUGCCUUGCUCACCGUUGCAUCGGGGACUGAGGUACCUCCGCAUUCGUACUGGGCAUAUAUUCCAAACCCCCCUUUAUUAGAACCUGUAAAAUGGGGAACUAGUGAUAUUUUACUUUAUACCACACCUAGAAAAAUUUUGUCAGCACCGUGGGCUGAUUUAACCCCCCACAAUCAAGAUGAUGGGACACUAUUCAAUUUUACUUAUUAUGGUAAUCAAAGGCCUAUUUGCAUUGGGGAACCGCCUUGCAUCCCUCUGGGAUGGCAGUAUUGGAUUCAACAUGGAAUAAAAGCAGGCAACAAAAGGACAAGGCUUCAAGCCUUGGCUGCUCAAACCUUUAAUGUUACCUGGAAAAAUUUAACAGCACCUGAUACAAAUACAUUUCCUGUAUGCCCUGAAUUCACUUAUAAAAAUAUUUCUUAUAAUCCCAUAAUUUGGCAACUAUGUAUGGAAAAAUUUGCUAAAAAUAUUGAUGGGUAUAUUAUUUGGGGACCAUUUGGAAAAUUCGUUAAUAGAUGUGCUAAAUAGAAUGAGACAAGAUAUAAUCUCUCUGUUGUGUAUAGUCUUCCAGAUCCAAAGAAAAUAACUGACGGAGCUCCUAUAUUUCAUCAAAAGACGGCUCUCUUGUGGUGGGGAGAUGGUGAAAUCGCUAACCCUGCUGUUGCAGCCGAAGAAUACCCUCAUCACCUUCAAAAUCAUAUUUGGAAGAUUCCAGCCGCUAUGCAACCUGUAACCUUGUACAAUGUUUCAUAUUCAGGGACUAGUCGAUCUGUAUCUACUACUUAUAAUUUUACUAGGUUUAAAAUGUAUAAUAUUACUGUUUGUGCACCUCUGCCUUAUGUCUUUUUAGUGGAAACUUUUAAUUUUACACAUUUUUCUUGUACUUGUUUAAAUUGUCAAUUGUUUACAUGCUUAAAUAGCACACUAAAUUUCACUAAGCCUUAUACAGUUAUGCUGUUACAACAAAAAACUCAUAUUUGGUUGCCUGUAAAUUUAACUCGACCAUGGUCUCAAGACCCGGUAAUUUCUGUUACUACUGAAUUUUUUAAACAUCUGUUAAAACGUACAAAAAGAUUUAUUAAAAUAGUGGUUGCUAUACUGUUAAGUCUGAUAACUGUAGCCUCCCUAGCAGCAGUCUCAAAAAUAGCUUUACAAACCUCUUUACAAAAAAAACAUGUUAUAGAAUUAUGGCAUGAAAAUUCUCAUAAACUUUGGUUAACUCAGUGGCAAAUAAACGCCAGACUACAACAACAAAUAGACCUCCUUAAACAAACAGUUAAAUGGAUGGGUAGAAAAAUAUUGGCUCUUCAACAUCAAGUGUUUUUAAAAUGUGAUUAGAAUUCAACUACUUUCUGUAUAACCCAACGACCUUAUAAUCAGACAGAACAUAAAUGAGAAAUGAUUAAAAUAUAUUUAAAUAGAAACACCUCUGCCCAGGAAGAAAUAGAAUCUUUACAUAAUCAAAUUGACAAGGAUUUUGCAAAGCAAAAUGAUGAUAAAUCUCUAGCACAAUUCGCGCAAUUGCUUGCUCAAUCUUUAAAAGGAUUAGAUUCCAAAGGAAUCUGGCAGAGCAUUACCCACACUUUUAGUGGCAUGGGACUUAGUUUAAUUAUAGUUCUCAUUGCCAUAGUUCUUGUGUAUUUUUACUGCAUAAGACAAAAUGCUAUUAAUAACCUGAUCUUAUGGAAAUUGUUGUUAAAAAAUAAAAAGGAAGGAAGUGUGGGGGAUGAGGUGUCACUUUGUAGGCCCAACCCCCUCUAACCUGCAAUUUACAAUAGCCGCCCUGGUAUGCGAGAAGGAGGUAGAACGGGAAUGCCUGUUCUCAGUGAGCCCUCACCCUCUGGAAUCCAUACUGUGAGCUGGCUUUGUUUUGCAGAAGUCUUGAGGAAGUGGCUGGCCACCCUUUGUGACACUAACAGCAGACAAAUUAACAACAUUCUUGAGCUAAUGAAUUUCUUCCUGGGCUAGAGAAGUUGUGAGAACUGGUUGUGAUUAUUUACUUCACUUAGAUAGUUUUAAAAUAAACAUUGUAGUCUGUCACGUUGUAGCUUGCCACAAAGAAUGCCUUUUCACUACUUAAUUAUCUGGGCUCUGUGAACUGAUCGGGUUUACUAUAUAUGAAUCCUAAAAUAAAGAUUGUGCGUACAGUGCAGUGCAGUGCAGUGUAACGCGGUGCAGACAGCAAA